UACAAUAUCGUUUAUUUAGAAUCUGGUUAGAUUACAAUAUUUUUAUAUAAAUUGCAGAAUAUCCUCACGAGUCCCUAUACGGUGUCUGAAUCUCGCGGAGACAAAGUUCCUUCAUCUCGAGCUACCUAGGAUCCGAAUCGUCUCAAUUCGGUCCUGCCGAUCCCCACCGUGUUUCGCACGUUCUACCCCUUCCCAUCCCGUCGCGACAAAUCUGUUACGAGAUUUCCACCUUCAUCCUCGCCCACCUCAUGGCAAUGAAUUUGAACGGGACGCAGAUUCCCGCGGACGGGGUGAGAACGACGACGUUGGGCAAUCGCGGCGUCUGCGUCGGUUCCUACAUAAGAGAGAAAGAAAGAGAAAGGGUAAGAAAGAGUGGUAUGAUUCUCCCUACUUUUUGCCGCGGCCGCGCGAGUCCGGACGUUCGUAUCUCCAACCCCCGGGUUGCGGCGGGUGAGAUCAGCAUCUCGAAAGGACGACUGGAUGUCCCUUCCGACCGGGGUGUCUCGCUACCGGAACCUCGAGCUGAUCCGACCCGACGACGGGCCAGACGUCGUUCACCGCGACAAUCGAUCGCAAUAGUGCUUCGAGAGCUCAAGGUGCGCGUCCCCCGAGUGUGCGACCACCUUCGCGGUGUGUCAUCUCGCUCGUCCGUCUGAUUUCGAAGUCUAGUGUUUUCAGAAGGUGCCUCAGGUGUCAGGUGCGAAAUCCUGUGGCCAGAACGAGCCGUGCCAUGUCAGAACUGGAGAAACGCGCAUUCGACGCAGGCUGUUCGCGCGCGGUGAUAGGAUCUACCCCACUAUCCUGCACGUUGUUCUAGUCCCUGUUCCGUCACCCUCCCCCGCGUUCCUUCUCGUCGUCGCAGUCCAGUUUCCCCCACUUUGCGUGUACCCCGCCUUUUUCUCUCUCUUUCUCUUUACUCUUUUCUCACCCCUCGCUGCUUCGCCACCGGGAAAACCUUGCGUCCGCUCCUCGCGCGCUGCUCCUCGCCGAGAGCGGGGCAGUUUUCAUACGACGCGCCCUUCUGUCGAGUCGUCGAGAAAGAGAGAAAGAGAGAGAGAGAGAGAGAGAGAGAGAGAGAGAAAGAGAGAGGAGAGGGAGAAAUAAAAGAGAGAGAGAUAGGAACGCACACAAAUUGCGAUACAAUCUACUGUAACGAUGUGUGACAGACGUGACUGAAAGUGUAAUCGAACGAUGGAAUUAAAGAGGCGCGAUCUGCCACGAUCGGCCGCUUCGGGAAUUCCUCCUCGCGGAAGCAGUUGAGCGAAGUGCAAACGAUUUCUCGUCUAUUCCGGCUGCUCUCGAAGAGAGAGAGAGAGAGAGAAACAGAGAAUGAGACAGAUGGAGAGAGCAAAAGAGACGAGAUAACGUCCCGCGAGUGCAACGAGCUAAUCCGCGAUAACGGAGAGCAAUCUCUCCCAAAGGGGUUUUGUCCCCGGCGUCUUUCUUGCGAUAUCAGUGUGGAACGUGAAUUGUGCAGGUGCGUCUCGAAUCGCUUUUUUCAUCCCUUCUCAUUUCGGAGCUUCCUUUUGAUUUUGAACGUCGAGAUGCGUUUCUUAACAAAGUUUGUUUAUCGCGAGUAAUGAGACCAUCUGUUUAAUCUUCACAACUGCCUUAUUAUUAUGGCGUCAGCACUAUCGCAGCAGGUAACUUCCGAAAGAUGAUUCUAUUUUUUGCGACACACCGCUCUGUAUUGGAAAGUCGAUCGCUCCGGCUCGCGCGCCGAAGGUCCGCUUAAAACGCGGCGCCCCUUUCCGUUUCCCAUAGCCCGAGGUCAAGAGGGACUGAAUCCGUAUGUAAAUGGAAUCUAUUCCGUUGGGACGACCAUACGGGAGCUCCCCGAUAAAGAGGCCGCGAAAAGCAAGCCGUGAAUAUAAAUGUGCGCUCGCGCUUUGAGAAUCAGAGAACUUGCCGGACUCUGAAAAGCAACCUCGCAUUACGCAGGCAGACGUAGCUUAUCGAGAUUGCAAAAGCGAUAAGCGAGAGACUCUCUCAAGUGUACAAGAAAUUUCAGAGAUGAUGUCAUGCAUGAUAAUGUUAUCGCGAAUUGGAAUAAAUCACCGACGAUUAUACUGACGUGUUAGGGUAAUAAAUUAACGAGGCGAUAGGACACAAAAGGACCAGAAGCAGAGAGAGAGAGAGAGAAGAAGCGAUAAUACUGCGAAUGCCGAAGGAGAAGGUCGAUCGAGUCGAGAGCCACGUGUGGUCCAUGCAAUUUCACGCUACGUAUCGCCGAUGAUACGAGCGAAUACGCGGCGGUUUAAUUCAGAGACGCAAUCUGCACGUCGAGGAUGCUGCUCGACGAACAAUAUCGCCACCUUGCCGAUGAGGAUAGAAUCGGAUCGUCGAGAAAUAAGCUCAAGAGACUGAAGAUGAUGGCGGCCGAACGAGGACUUGUGCGCGACUCGCGCUUUUAAGCUAAGCGAUAACACUAGGAACGCGCUCGUCAUCGUGCCGGCAUCAUGGGGAAUGGCAUGAACAAGGUGCUUUCUGGUCUUUAUGUAGGUAAUUAUCAGGACAGCAAGGAUGAGGAUCAGCUGGAGCAAUUUGAAAUCACGCAUAUUCUGGCUAUUCACGACACGGCUCGUCGUUUGCAUUCCGACAAGCAUUAUCUGUGCAUCAUGGCCGCCGACAGUCCCGAUCAGAACUUGACGCAAUAUUUUUCUCUGUGCAACGACUUCAUUCAUGCCGCCCGUCUACGCGGCGGAAACGUUCUGAUUCAUUGUCUAGCAGGAAUGUCGAGAAGCGUGACAGUAGCGGUGGCUUACAUCAUGAGCACCACCAAUCUAUCCUGGAAAGAGGCGCUCAAAGUCGUUAGGGUCGGUCGUUCCAUUGCAAAUCCGAAUGUCGGCUUUCAACAGCAGCUCAAGGAUUUCGAAUCUAGCCGUUUACAAGAAGAGCGUAAUAGGUUGAAAGAGCGAUUCCCCAGCCUCGCUCUCGCCGAAUCCGACGCCGAGGCAUGUAAAUCCACUCUGAGGAAUUACGAAACAUUGGCUCUAGCAAGAGAGGUGUGCGAGGGUAAGUGCGCCAUGGGACGCACUUGUCCGACCGGGCUUUGCCGUCAGGCAGCUUUUAAGAGGACUCUGAGAAGGAAGUCAUCCACCAGCAGUAUCGGAAGCGUGUCAUCCGGCAGGACACCUCCUCAAACACCCCGGAUGCUACCGUCCGCGCCACCCUCGCCGGCUUUGCACAGAUCAUCUAGCGUUGUGUCCACAUCGAGACCGAGAAGUGGACCGGCAGGAUUGCACUCUUACACCGGAGGAUCCGCUCCACCUUCUAGGGCUGUGUCGAGGGUGGAUCUUUCGGCGGCAGUUGCCUGCAGCAGCAGCAGCAGCAGCAACACCAGCCUUUCCGCCGUGGGCAGAUCGAGCGCGUUCUCUACUAGCAAUUGGCGAUUGACCGCCGGUUCCGCCCCGAACACGCCGAGACCGACGCCGCCGGUCUCGCCGCAACGCUGGCCGAGGCGGCUCUCGAAUCGGCAGACGCCGCAGUUGCCGCAGGUACCAUCGGACCCUUCGACGUAGCGUCGGGAGUCGCGCGGUUCGCUGUCGAGCCUGGUGGAAUAACCGAAGGAGAUCGGCGAACCGCUCGAGGAUUUUACCGCCAAUAUUAUGCGCCCUUCACCGUCAGCAGAUUAAAUCACAUAUUUGCUAAUCAUUCUUCAGCGUUGGAAGCAAUCAGGAUUCAGGAUGAGUCCUGGAAGGAAAUUUCCGGUGAAAGAGAGAGAAAAGGUUUCGAUAAAGGUAUCUAUGAAUUACAUAAAGACGUGCCUGCGAACGUUUUUUACACUUUGGGAUUUUGGGACAUUCGGGAUAUUUAGUGAAAUGUAAAAUUGUUCGAGAAACUAUCACGGGUAAAUAAUGAUGUAUGCAAUUUUGCGAGAUAAUGGAGCCAUAUGUUGGCUCAAUAUGAACUCGUCGGGCCGGCGAGGGGAAACGUCGAUACAUCGAAUACACGUAAUGCGUUGCUGGAAAUUGUUGGUGAUAUUGAACUUAUACAAGUUGUUACAAGUUGUUGCUUAUACUCAGCACAGCGAGAAAGUGCUUUUAUCGCGGAUAGAAUGGGAAACGAAUGAGAUUCUCUUUGUACGCAUUGGGAGAACUUCGUGUUUUGUGUGAGUUAUAAUUUCGCGCCCCACACAAUUAGACCUUCGUCCCUGAUUAGAUUCUCUCACGGAGAAAUAUCUAACGACAUCAACGGAUACUGACAAUCUGUCAUUUAAAUAUAUCACGAGGUAAUGAAUUGAUAAUAGAUCGAUCUGCGAGGUGAAAUAGUAAAUUGGAAAGAUUGACACAUUCGGGACAUGGAAUUAAUCCUUUGGGGCUUUAUCGAUUUACAACGAUAAUUGCGUGCAAUUAAGUAUGAGUGGUUAUUUCGCGCUUUUUACGGCGUCGUUCAAUCGUGCUAAUAACGCGCUCGUUAACGAUCCCCGCGUGCAAUUUUUCCCUUGAUAAUGCGCGAAUCGUUACCAACUAAUUAUUGGUUGUGAAAAAGAACAUUGCUCAAAGCGGCAAUCAUGCAAUACAUACAACAAUGUUCCCAAAGGAUUAAUAAAAAAAGGGACAUAAAAAAGAAUAUAUAUAAUUGAACACGCUAGUGCUCGAACGUAGAUAAUUUUGAAAUUGAUCGCGCAAAAUAUACAGAGUUGUCGAAGAAUAUUUUUCGAUAGAACUUGCGGCGUGUGUGUGCGUGUGUAAGAAUGUAGAUGAAUCGUGACACGUGUUAAGAGAACGAGAAUACGCAAAGCAAGUCGAUUUACUUCCGGAUCUAUGCGCGAUUCAAGAUUCGUCCCUAUGAAAGGGACCGAGUUUGCGCGAUUACGUUUGCAGGAAAUGAGGGAUCUUCGUUCUACCAGCCUGUUCCAUUAAUUUCGUUCGCAACCGUCCAUGUAUGAUUGUUGGCUUUCUAGCGAGAUCGCACUGUUUUAUCACAAGUUGUUGAAGAAGAAGAAAGAAAUACGUUAUACACACACACACACACACACACACACACACACACAUAUAUAUACAUACACACAUGUUGGAAACGUACACCUACAUUGUUGUGCAAAGGGCUUUCAGAGAAUUUUAUAAGCGCGCCAGGUGAUCGCAAUGAUAUUAUAUUAUAUACGAGUAAAGUCGUAGUAGGCAUUAGGCGCAAAAUCGUUGUUGUUGUCUCGUCAGCACGAGCACCAGUCGUCGACGAAUGAGUCGAGAUUUAAGAUAACGUCGCUUCGAUCCCCCUCAGUAUUUCCUAGUGCGCACGAUAAAAGUAAUGUAGAUCGUUUUUUAAUCGUUUCCCAUGUACGUUUCACGUACACGUGGAAAGCUAUGCAUCGCGGCGAAUUACUCGAUGCGCAAGCAAUAGUCACACCAGCCGAUCAAAACUAACAGAAAAUCAUGAUGUAUACCAUUAUAUCAAACGCACAUUUCUUGUCCCAUUAAUCGCGUAUACUUUCUAAAGAAACAUGAAAUAGAAAUUCACGAACAGAGUUGGAUUUAUACUUUACAGAUGUUCUCUCUUAGGAAAACAGCAAAUUUUUAAGAUAUUUUUUAAAAAUAAAAGAUAUUAAUAGAAAUUAACAUAGUAUUAUAAAAAGGACAGAAUAAUUAGAGACAUAAAUUAUUAUUUAAUUUUAACAGCAAACUUUUAAAAUCACUAGAUCAUGUUAAACUCAAAUUUUAUUGAAUUUGAAUUAGCUGAAGAUUCGUAGUUAUCUACGAAAUAACUGAAAAGAAAGCAAUAUUUUACAAGGAGAUAUUGUAAUAUAUAUAGAGUAUCCCACUAUCACCGUACAAUACUUUAAUCGCGUAUUCUGGAGAAUAGAAAAUCUUGGUAUUAAAAUGUCAAGGUCACAAUAAUUUUCGAGUUGUAAGCCAAGUAGACUAAUGGUACCAUGCAACGUUCACACGCUGCUGGUAACUGUGUAGAUCUGUCAUCUAUUACUCAUUUUCACGUGAUAUUGAUUUUUGCUGCUCAGCUGAUUCCUGUACUAUUUAAUUUCACAUUUAUAGAUAUUAUAUAUAUCUGCAUUUAUAUAUAUAGAUAUAUAUUAUACAUUUUAAAAGCAAGGAAUAUCGAUAUUUAUUUUAUGAUGCAUUAAACAUUUCGGGACGGUGAAGAAUCUUGUUUAUAUAGCGACGGCACGCGAUAGCGUACGAUGCUUAUUUUUGCAUGCCAUUGCGUUAUUCCUUGAAAUAUGAUCGUGAUAAUUGCCGGGAGGCGCCAGCGAUAUAUUAAAAAUUGCGAUGAAUUUUUCCCCAGUUCAUAAAAUUACCGUCAUAAUGGUAUUAUUUAUUGAAGCAGCUUUGUUUAUUUAUAAUCUCAACGCGAUUUAAAUUUAAAUCAUUUAAAUUAAGAAUCGGGGCAAUAAAGUAUGGGACUUAUACAUUGCUCCGUUGUGAUAUUUACGGAUAAUUAUUUUUUAAUAAUAUUUAGAUUUGAAUAAUUACGUCUUACAUCUAGCGCGUUGAAGUUAGAUAUUUAACCAUUAUUUUUAUAUUGUAACACAAAUUGCCGGGUUAUUAUAUAUCAUCAGUAUAUAAUAUCAUGAUACACAUAUCAUCGGAGCGAGUUUCGGAUUGGAUUGCGGAACUAACAGAAAAUCAUGAUGUAUAUCAUCUGACCGUUGAUUAACAAUACCGUUUGCCUCACGAAUUGCGCGUGCAGUAUUGAAUUUUGACGGUUUAUCCAACGUCACUGAUACAUUUAUUUAUUUAUUUAUUAUUCAAAAUAAUAAUUACCUUACAAUGCGUGCAUAUAUUAUUUGUUGUUUAAAGUACGAAAGAUACAUGAGUAUUUUCAAACAGUAAAAACAGUAUCUCCAGUGUUGCAACGAGUCUUUCGUCGCGUCGUUUCUUUCGUCGCGAUGUAAUAAAACACACGUCGCGAACAGUUAAUGUUAGAAAUGCUGCCUUAAGUGCCGCACGGGUCGUUAUACUCUGGUGAUUAGUGCGCGCGAUUGUAAUUAACUGUGUGUAUCUUCGUGAAUUAAAGUUGUGUGAGUGGUCCGCCCUUCCGACAAAGAAGCAACAACGAACAAAUAAGAAAAAGGGAGAAGGCCUUGGAGGCAUCGAGCGACGGUUAAGCGUCUGUGGUGGGGUGAGUACAUUUUUAUUUGCGGAAUGAAUUAUUUUCGUUUAUUUGAUUUCUCAUUUAUUUGAGUGAUUUAUGUAAGAAUUAGAAGGACUUUUAUUUAUAAAAUCUGAUAAAUAUUUACGCCUAAAAUGAUUUUUGUGGCAGUUAUA